GGGGGCGUGGCCAAGGUCCCCCAACCACCCGCUCGCCUGUUUGUGUAACUGAGUGAGUGAAGAGAGCGGUGCUUUGGGGCCGCUGGCCUGUUUCGGCGACUAUGGCUCACCGCUGCCUGUGGCUGUCGCGGGGCUGCUGCCGGCGUUCCCCCGGCGGGAUCCCCGGGGCCGCCCAGCGGCUGCUUUGGGGCCGAGGCCCCGCAGCGCCUUCGCGCUACCUGAGAUUGGUGAGUCACGUGCGUGUCAGGCAAGGGCAGGGCGCAAGGGGAGUGGGGUGCGCCUCCCGGGCACCGCCGCCCUUCCUGGCAGCGCCUGCCGGAGGUGGACCGGGGCCGUCGCCACGAGGGAGUCCCGUCCCCGUGGAGUCACUUGGCAGCUGACGUUUCUUAUCCCCCCGAAGGUUAAAAGAGAGAACCGGCUUGUGUCGUGGCUGUUUCAGCACCGUAAUGGUGACGGUGAGAAAUGCUUAGCAUCUCACCUUGGCUAGCCUGAAUCACGGAUAUUCGGUUUAGGCAUAUGCGGGUUUUGCUUUUUACCGAGUCACAGUCCCUUGGUCCAAGAAGACCACAAUGGGCUUCGCAGACUGACCAACUGACUGACAGAGGUUCUUGACGGUUUUGAGAAAUAUUUUUUUAAAAAGCAAAUCUUGACCGCUCUUGCCUGGCGAUGUCAGAGAGUGAAUCUGGAACUUUUUGCAGAUGAAGAAAAUGGGUUCUACCACUGAACUGCGCUUCUCGUAUUCAAAAGGAUUUGUAUAGUGCUUUUGAGUGUUCAAAGAGUUUCCUGUACAUUCUCUUGUAAUUUUAUAAUUACAGUGGUACCUCGGGUUACAUACGCUUCAGGUUACAUAUGCUUCAGGUUACAGACUCCGCUAACCCAGAAAUAGUGCUUCAGGUUAAGAACUUUGCUUCAGGAUGAGAACAGAAAUCGGGCUCCGGCAGCGCGGCAGCAGCAGGAGGCCCCAUUAGCUAAAGUGGUGCUUCAGGUUAAGAACAGUUUCAGGUUAAGAACGGACCUCCAGAAUGAAUUAAGUACUUAACCCGAGGUACCACUGUAUUAUCUUUCAGCAACCCUGUAAAGCAUAUCAUCAUUAUCCCCCUGCUGUAUAUUGGCUUCAGGGCAAAGUGUGAGUUUGAGAGACAGUGGUUUAUUUAACAUCACCUGCUAAAUUCAUAACAGAAGUGAUAUGUGAGCUAGUUUCUAGCUCAGGUGAGUUGAGAGUUGCUUUUAUCUGUUCUUUGUAAACUUGCUUCAGCAUCUCAUUUGGAAAAGUAAGAGGAUGAAUGAUGGAGUAAACUGCUUUUACUCACACUGUGGAGGGAACUUUCACUCUCUUUGCUUAUCCCCCUUACCCUGUUAUUUUGUGAUAUUUCAUCCCCAGGCAACAUUCCAGAUGUACCUAUCCAGAGUACCCAUUGAGAAAUGAAACCAAAGGACAUCUUUUACAUCAGGGGUGGUGCAGGAGAACCUCCGAUGAUGUAAAAAAAUGUGCCAGGAUAUUUGUGAAACUGGGAGAGUGGCUGCUUUUAAAUGAAUAACCAUUAUUUCAUAUUGCAAAAACAGGCCUUCAAGUGGAACCUACUCGCAUGUAUGAAUGUAUACAACUGCAGUCUAAGGCUGCAAUUCAAACACCCUUUUCCAGAAAGGGUGUUUAUAUUGGGCAGAGAUGGUGCUGUGUCCAGCCCUGUACCCAUGUCAGUUUGUAUCCACUGGCACAAACAUGCAGACAGAUAGCCCUGAAACCGUGUGUUCUGGGGGCAGGGAAGGUCUGAGUCAGCCUGGGAUCCAGUGGAUCCCAAGCUGGUCCUGCAGCAGUCACAUAACGAUAUUAGUCCCAUUAUGGGCCUGAUGUCUGGCACAGCUCCAGGCUUGGGCAGCUGUUUGCCUGCCAUCUCCCCUUUCUGGGCUAGCAUGAGCAACUGGGCUGUGGAUACCUUGGUGGUCCCACUGCUCUCCAGCUAGGGUUUGGGUUGCAACCUAAGGCAGCAAUUGUGUGCAUGCUUACUAGAAAGUAAGCCCCAUUGAAAUCUCUGGGAUUUAUUUGCAAUUAAGCAUGCAUAGGAUUGUGCUGAAAAGAUGCUGAGGAUCUGUCUUGGUUUUUUAGUGACAAUUCUCAUUUUUUCAGCUUCAUGACCAUGUGGCCACACAAGUUCCUACAAACAGAAGCAAUGUCCUUGCAAGUGUAAUUGCUGUUUACAGGAAGCUCUUCUCCCAACCUCCAAAAGGUAAUUUUUUGCUGUAAAAUAAUAAUAUUGUGUAGCUUAUUAUUAUAUUAUUGACUACUACGCUUAUUCAUCUUAUGUGUUUAAAACUGCUUAGGCACAAUUUUAUGGGAAGCAGCAUAGAAAUAAACAUGGUUUUUUUUCCAAUACCAGAGCUGCACUAGAAUGUUUGAAGGAGCAUAGUUCUGAGAAUGUGCAGAGACCUAUUGCCUUGCUGCAGAACAAUUACACCUUAAUUGCAUUGCUUCCUCACUCAGAAUGAAAGAUGUGGCCUGAGCCCUAGCACUUUACUCUUUAGAAGUUAAGCACAGCUGUCCUGCUGUCUUUCCAGCACAAUGUGCAGUCAGAGAGCAAUCUCCCACAAAACUCCCCUCUCGUAUUGUUGCACAAUCUUGGACCAUCACUGAGAAGGGCCUUUCCUUCAUGCCCACCAACCUAAAUGAUCACACUGGUGGGUACAUGAGUAUGGGUUCCUGACAGAUUGAUACAUACGUAGACAGUCUUUCAAGUAACCUAAUCACAAACCAUUUAGUUCAGGAGUCCCACAGCCUCCCUGAGAUGAGUAGAUGGAAACAAGGGGUAGAGCUAAAGUCAUCUGCAUAUGGCAGCUGAAACCUUUGAAUGACUUCUCCCAGCAGUUUCAUGCAGAUGUUGAAAAGCAUGGGAGACAGAACACAAAACAAAGCCAAAACUCAAGGGGUAAAACAGAAGGUCCCCUCAUCACAACCAUCUGGAAUCAACUAUCCAGGAGGCACCAGAGCCAGCAGAACACUCUGCCUUCCAAGUCCAACCCAGUCAAGUAGCUCAGAAGGAUAGUGUUGAUUGAUGGUGUUGAAAGCCACUAAUAGAUCCAGGACAGCCAGUAGGAUUGUGCUCAGUUCCAUCUCCAGUCUAAGUCAACCACCAAGGCCAGUCAAGGUGUUUUUCAAGCUAAACCCAGGCCUGAAGCUGGACAGGAAUAUUAUUCUUUCUUUGUCCCUAUCUCAAGCUACAUAUGUUCUGUGACUCACCUGUUUCAGUCCAAGGGCUGACUGAGCUCUCAGAAUAGUCCUCCUUUCUCUCCACAAAAAAGUCUGCUUCCAGUUUUCCACCUUCCUACCUUUUUCUUGUUUCAGCAGUGUAGUUCUUCUAGAAACUAGAGGGUAGGCACUUUUGAUAGGCACUUGGGCAGUUACUAUUCUUUAUCAGAAAUAUUUUUAAAUGACACACAUGCUUUUAUCUCCUCCUUUUCCCACCCACCCACCCUCCUGUUUAGCUUUAUCAGAUAUGUGAAACUCACAUAUCCACCUCUUUUCCUGUUCCCUGAAACACAUGGUGAGGCUAUUUUUGGUGAGACUUCACUGCCUCAAGCAUAAUAUAAUAUACUCAAUUUUUAUUGCUGCUUUUUUCCUUAUUAGGUUUUGAAAAAUAUUUCCCUGAUGAAAAGAAACCUAAUGAAACAAAGGGCUCAGAAGGAGAAGCUAAAGGUACCAGUCUGCUUUUUCACUUGAGGCUCAUAUGUAGAGUAAAUGUCACUUUGGUUAUUAUUAAUUUUGACUGCUCUUAUAUACAAGCCCCAUGUUGCUGUGUCCUAGUUUUGACAAUGGUCAUGGAAGUGGUCACUAUUUCCUACAGUUUACUUCUGUCUUGUGACUUCUGUUGUCACAUUUUAUGUGCCAGGUCUUCACAUUGUAGAAUUGAUAUGUUUCUGCUCCAGCAUCACCAUAUUCAAUUUCUGAAUUCUCUGUUAGAUGUUUGUGGUGGUGUUAUUUUGUUCUUGAGCAUUUUGAUUAACGAUCUACGUUAACUGGGCCUGUUUAUAUCCCUGGUUUGUGUGCCUUUUAAUGUUUGUUAAAGAAUUGAGUACUUUGUAUCAGUUAAGAAAGAGGGCCAAAGCUACAGUGACAUGGCUACUGUAUUUAAACAUAAUAAAGAAGGGAGCUGGAAGCUGGAAAUGAGUUGGGAAAACUGAGCUUGCACUAUCGUUCCACUAAAAACUGGAUUCUAUCUAAUCAAAAAGCAUUAUCUGCAUGUACCAUGAUACAUUGUUUGAGACACCCCAACAAUAACCAGUUUACACCAGGUUUUCUCUCUAAUAGGCUCUCACUGUGUUGUGAGUUCUUACAUAAUCAUUACUGUUCCCCACCUAAACACAUGGCCUGGCGUGAUGCAUCAUAAUAAUCUUUAUAUACUGCCUUUACUGAAUCCUCAAAGGACAUCAUUUACAUGAUAUAAGUAGUCUUUGUAACAUCUCUGUAACUUAGUCCAGAUUCUGAGUGUUAAAAACAAAUUGCACGUUAAAUAUGUGACUUCUGUUGUAAACAGCUGCCACACAUUUAGGCCCACCCAACCCCCUGAUGCUUUCUGGUAGAGCUUUGCUAUGCUGUGACAUCAUGAUGUUCUGUGUUCCCUGCACCAUGCCAUCAGCAGUCAGUGAUACAGGGUGAGGAGGCGCAGAACGUUUUGCUGUCACAGCAUAAAGUAAGAUCUGUUCCAUGGUACGGAGUAAAGGUUGGGAUUUGAUGAGUGAAUGCUAUUUUUGUAGACAGCCGUGUGUGUGUGUUGUAACAUCUAAUCUAGCUGUUAAUCUUGUAAGAAUCAGUGUUGUGUAAAGAUUACAGAAGUAACAAAACAAAGAACUACAGGGACAUAGGCUUGCUUGCUUUCUGUUUUUUGUAGAAACAUGCAUGUGAACUUUUUUUGUAGAUGUAAAGCAAGCCAACUCCCAGCGCCCUUCCAGAACCAACAGUGGAGGAGGAGGAGGAAGCAGUGGAGGAGGAGGGAAAAAAGGUGGCAAGAAAGAAGAUACUAACUGGUGGUCCAGAAUGCAAAAGGUCCCAAUUCAUAUUUUUUGUGACAUUGCUUUUAUCAACCUGCUUUAUUGUGUUUUGCAGUUCUGUAAAAUAUUAUUACUUCUCUAAAUGUUAUUCAGAUUAUUUUCACCAUGGGGAUGCUGUUGACUUAUGGUUUUUUAAACUCAGUUACUUACGUGUUUCUUAAAUUUCUCUGAAAGAUUAUAUGAAUCUAAGAUUUAUAGUGGCCCUGACUCAAGGCCCAGUAUGCAGUGCAGUAGAUUUUGUGAGCUUUUGCAAAGGGAGCAUUCCCAUUCACCUCAGAAAAGCUCAGCACAUUUCAUAUGUGUAUCUGCCUCUCCACCAAGUUAGUAGAAAAGGGUUUGUAGGUGGGAAUGAAGGCAUGACUGUAAUUCCGGACACUUUUUCAUGUUUUUAUGAAUAAAUCUUCUGUAAAAAAAAUCUUUUACAAAUUGGUGCUUACAUAGGGCUGCUUUUGUGACAGCAGAUCAGAAAACCCACCAUUUUCACAUACAAAAGUCAAUCUCAAUCCAGUAUUCCUUCUUCCUCUUCCCCUUUAGGGUGACUUUCCCUGGGAUGACAAAGAGUUCCGUUUUUAUUUCAUGGGCACUGCAAUUUUCUGGGCUUUUGCUACAUACUAUGUUUUCUUCAGGAAUGCUGGGAGAGAAAUCACAUGGAAGGACUUUGCCAACAACUACCUUUCCAAAGGAGUGGUAAGUAGCACUGAGGCACCUUCAGCUGAAAUGUACAUUUCACAGAAUAAGUUAUCCAUUGUGACUGAAUGUAAACCAGGGUGGGCUAUAAUUUAAUUGAAGCUGGAAAGGCUGAGGAUGAAUUUGUAUUAAAGAAAGAAGAAGAAAAUUACUGCAUGUGGUCAGAACUUCAAUUCCAGAAACAAAAGGCAAAAAGUAGAGGUUAGCCAUACUGUUAGAAAAUGGCCUUAAGACAUUUUGAGCUCCACUGCUCUUUUUAAGGGCAUAUUAUUUAUUUGAAACUUUUCCUGCCUUUGCUUCAAAAAACUCAAGGAAAAUAAUUUAAAAUAUAAAAAUAGCAAGCUAAAAAAACACAACAAGCAGCUAUUAAAACUCUUGAAGAGAGUUCAAGAAUAAGUUUAGUGUAGUGGGCUAAAAGAGAGAUCAUAAGUUUGCAUUUUCUUCAAUGGACAGGUUAUUUACUUUGAGAACCUGCUUUCUCAGGACUUGCUUGCUCACUGAGGCAAGAGAGGGCAGAACUCUCACUCACAUAGUUUGGAUAAGAAAAGCAACAGCAGGCUGAUCUCCUGUUUUCUUUGUGUCUGACACAAGCUGAGUCAAGACCCCACUGACACAUUCUUAUUUCCUGUUGUGUUCUUAUCCAAGCCUUGGGCAGCAAUAUGAAACAGCACUCCACCUUACCCUGUGUCCCUGCAUGCUUGCUAGAAGGAUCAGAGGAGAAGCAAUGUUUUGUCCCACUUGCAGGGAGCUUUGACAAAGUGGAAAGGAACAGCAGAAUCAGCAUAGUUUCUUUAUUCAAGCCCUGAGUGCAAGUGAAGGCAAGGCUCUUGCUGCAACCUUCUGUGCUUCAUGGUAGGGUCAAAGAAUUGGUACCUUGCCAAGGAAUCAGUUUUAUAUUUGGGGGCCUCUGCUUUUGGAAGAAAGAUUUUGAACUUAUAAUGUAUUGGGCCAGACUUUUUUUAGCAGAUUUUGGAUGUUUUUGAUUUUGAAACAGACCUCAGCAGUUUCAGUACACUCACAUCUCACAGGGUCAUGUUCAUACAGCAUAAGGGAAGGUCUCUAGCUCAGGGGCAGAGACGAUGCUUUACAUGCAGAAGGUCUGUGGUUCAAUCUUUGGCUUCUCCCAGGAGGAAAAAGUUACUGUCUGAAAUGUAUUUUGUGCUUUCACAGGUGGACAAGCUAGAAGUGGUGAACAAGCGCUUUGUUAGAGUGGUUUUUACCCCAGGGAAGUCGCCAAUUGAUGGGGUAAAUCAAUUUUUUCAAUUCACCAAAUGCAUUAAGGGGUUGAAUCAUUUAUGUUUAUAAACGUUUCUGUAUAGCGUAUUAAAUAUGGAUCUGGCAGUUUGUUAUUUUGAUGUAUCAGGGCUGUGCUCUGUGCCCUUGCAAGUAAAUGACAAAAUGUGUUGAGCAUGUGCAGAAUCUGAUGUCUAGUGCACCUACAUACUGUAGGAAUCUCCACAUGCUUUUUGCUUAAAGAUGCAGAACAUGAUGUGCAAGUGUGGUUUCUCUGCACCAUACCUAUUAGGGAUUUCACCUGUUAUAUAGUAUUGUAUAACACUAUAAUAGAAAUACUUUUGCCAUCAAUGGGAGACAUGGCAGAAGUACUAUACAGUGGUACCUGAGGUUAAGUACUUAAUUCGUUCCGGAGGUCCGUUCUUAACCUGAAACUGUUCUUAACCUGAAGCACCACUUUAGCUAAUGGGGCCUCCUGCUGCCGCCGCACCGCCAGAGCACAAUUUCUGUUCUCAUCCUGAAGCAAAGUUCUUAACCUGAAGCACUAUUUAUGGGUUAGCGGAGUCUGUAACCUGAAACGUAUGUAACCUGAAGCGUAUGUAACCCGAGGUACCACUGUAAAUAUUUUGCCAGUCUAGCAUUCAGAAAUGCACAUUCAGUGGAGGUGUUUUCUUCAGCAAAUAGAAACGAUGCAACUAAAACCAGCAUAUUAAAUUUCUGCCUCUGGUUGAUACGUAUGUAUUGUAACUUUUUGGAUAUUCAAUUAAGCUGCUUCUUUAUAUUAAAAUAAGCUUUAUAAUCUUGUCUCUCUCAGAUUAAUUUAAAAUGCUAAAACUGAGACACCAUGAAUUAUUGUAUUUGUUUUUACAGCAAUAUGUUUGGUUUAAUAUUGGAAGUGUGGACACAUUUGAGCGAAACUUGGAAACUGCACAGCUUGAGAUGGGGAUAGAAGGGGAGAGCCGGAUACCUGUAGUGUAUGCAGCAGAGAGUGAUGGGUAAGUGUUUAAAAUGAUUGGAAUUGUAAUGGAAUAUAUGAUAUUACCUUUUAGAAUUGGCUUGCUGACAAGCCAGUCUCUGGUUGCGCUUGUUGGUAACCCCUAUCAUCCACCACUCUCAAAUGAUUUGGCAUAUGCAUGGCGGAAGAAGAAGGGUUUUCUCUCAUUUGCAGUAGGCUAUGGAAUGUCAAAGAAAGUUGGGGCGAGAACACAGCCCUGUUUCACACUGCUCUUUAUAGGGAAGGAGUCCUAGGAUGAGCUGUCAUACUGGACGGUGCCAUGCAUGUUCUCGUGGAAGGACACUAUCAUCUUGUAAAGCUUAGGUGGACAUCCUACCUUGUUGAGACAGGAGUCUGUUCAGCCUGGCACGUCUCUGCACCUAAACUUAAGUGCAACGGGUCUUACCUGAGAGAUGUUGUUUGCAGAUGACACAGCAUUUACAGAGCACUCAGAGGAAGCUCUAGAGAGACUCGUCAACCGUUUUGCCCAAGACUGCAAGGAGUUUGGCCUCACCAUCAGCCUGACGGGGAUGAGCAUCCUGAGCCAUUAUCAGCAUUCCACGCAUCAGCAUUGGUGACCACACACUUGGGGUGCUAGACAAGUCUACCUGGGUUCCACCAUAACCAGCAAUCUCUCCAUCGACGCUGAGCUGGACAAGUGAAUUGGCAAGGCAGCUCCAACAAUGGCUUUUCACUCCAAAGGGUAUGGGAGGAUGUGAUGCUAAUACUAAGAUGAAGGUCUACCAGGCUUGCGUAUUGAGGAUUCUGCUUCAUGGUAGUGAGACGUGGGCAACUUAGACCUGCCAGGAAUGACACUUCAAUGCCUUCCACAUAUACAGUGUCAGGAGGAUUUGGGGUAUCACAUGGCAGGACAGAGUCCUGCCCACGUUCCCACAAAGUUCAGACUCCUGUCUCUGCGACUUCUACGUAGUCUUGGUCCUGUCCACAGAAUGGAAGAUUGCAGAAUCCCCAAGGAUGUGCUCUAUUGGGAGCUGGCAUCAGGCCCAUUUGCAGACUCUGUGUUACAUACAUGUCUGUAAAUGGGACGAAGGCUGGCAACAUCAACCCCGCCACGUGGGAAUCCCUUGCAGAUGAUUGCAGUGCUUGGAGACAGGAAAUCAGGCUAUGCCUCCACAGCAUUGACUAGAGGAGGAGCGACAGUUGGGAGGAAGGCAGAGAGAAGAAACGCCAUGGUGCAUCUGCAGCAGCACAAUUGGACGCCUUCAUCUGCCCUAGCUGCAGCAAAACAUGUCCCGUAUCGGUUUCUACAACCACAGCAGGUGCUGCAACUCUCCCAAGGGUUUGACUUCAUCUCCAAAAGUGCACUCCUCCAUUUUCUCUUGAGAUAGAUGGAUGCCAACUAAUGGGGAAUGUAAGAAAGAGCAAGAGAUAAAGUUAGCCUGAUCUAGGAAUUCAUUAGCUUUAGCGCCCAUUUGUGUUAAUAAUCAGAAAGGUGCUAUGAACUGUGCAUGAUUUAUUGUAGCCCAGCAUAUUUUAACUAAAAUUGCACCUUAUUGAGCAAAGUUGCUCAUAAUGUAGAAAUGAAAUUGCUCUUAUGUGCCUCCCCACCCCAUAUUUUGUUACGAAACAAUGAAUUAAUAACUCCCACCUUUUAUUUUUAGUUCCUUUCUUCUGAGUAUGUUGCCAACGGUCCUUAUAGUUGGCUUUCUGCUCUACACGUUAAGAAGAGGACCUUCUGGAAUGGGCCGAACAGGACGGGGAAUGGGAGGACUCUUCAGUGUGGGUGAAACAACAGCCAAAGUCUUAAAGGAUGAAAUAGAUGUGAAGUUCAAAGAUGUAGCUGGCUGUGAGGAGGCUAAAUUAGAAAUAAUGGAGUUCGUCAACUUUCUGAAAAACCCAAAACAGUACGAGAAUCUUGGAGCAAAGAUCCCAAAGGUAAGGAGUUUCAAGAAUAAAAACGUUAUUGUGCCAACUUCAUUACUUUAUUGAGCUCUUUUAGCUGGAGAUGAUUUUUUUUGGAAUUUAGUGACAAUUUGCAUUAUUCCUAUAUUCUGACCUAACAUCAGAAUUUAAAAAAUAUGAUCACAAGAAUAAAAGCCUUUGAUUAGUUUGUGGAAUCAUAAGAACUCAUUUCACAUAGCCUCUGAAUCUUCCUUUAGUGACAUUAUGAAAUUCUCUCUGCUUCCCUUUCAGUAAAAUGAGGACACUGUUCUUUCUUACUCAGAUUUACCUGCAAGCAAAUACUAUUUGUCCAACUUGAUUUUUUUUAAAAUCUGAACUAGCAUAGGGCCAAAAAUUAGGUUAGAGUAUCAUUUCCUCAUGGAUCUUAAUAAAUAGUGAGUGAAUCUUGUGAAGACUUAUUAAAUUGACCAUCUUGUGUGAUCAUGAUCAAAUAUUGGUUACUUUAGCUAUAUUGCAGCUUGCACUCCCAUUCAAAAUACAAUUAUGUGAAAUUCAAAUGACCUUUUCAAGUGCUAGAACAUUUCAGGGAAAAGAGAAAAUUUUAAGUUAUUUGUGGAACUAGGACACAUGUUAUACUUCCCUGAAACAGAGUUCUAAAUAUAUUGACUCAUAUUGAAGAAAAUUUAAGGUGAAUAUUUGCACUGCUUUUAUUUCUUAGUAAUAGUUACCCCUUCUCACACCUUACAGGGAGCUAUUUUGACAGGACCUCCAGGCACAGGGAAAACUCUUCUAGCAAAAGCAACAGCUGGAGAGGCCAACGUCCCUUUCAUUACAGUCAAUGGGUCUGAGUUCUUAGAGAUGUUUGUCGGCGUGGGUCCUGCUAGAGUAAGUCUUUGGCCUUGCUCUGUUAUUGCAGUGUCGGUUGUUAAAAGGACGCAGUCAAGGUUGGUAGGCCAAAAGCUUGAUAAUUCACUAAAUUUCAGUAAUGAUCAAGAUAGCUGUUCAUCUUAAAUAGCUGGCUGCAAGCUAUUUCAAUUAAUAACUCUGAUAUCUCACUCAGUUUCUAGGAAAUCUUUUUGCUUCAGAGCUGUAGCCCUCUGACUGCAUUUUGCCACUGUCGUCUUCUUUUUACUAACAGUUGAUAAGGACAAGUGAAUGGUAUUCUAAACUUGAUGGCUGUUGCAGGAAGACUAGAUUUAUCAUCAGUGUGCACAAAGGUUCUUCACACUUCUCUACGGAGUUGUGUAGGAAAUUUAUGCUACUUUAAGAAGUCCCGGCUCUGAGGGAAAGAUGCAAUUUUAACCAAGGUCUCCUUCAUCCAAGUCUAGCUCUUGUACUUUGAACACUGCUGGCUCUUCCAGCAUAAAGCAUCUGUUUCAAGUACUUAUGUAGAAAUAAAAACAUUGGGCAGAAUUCUUUGUUCACUAAGUCUCAUUCUGUCAGCGCAGGGAUUUCUGCUUUUGCAACAGAAUGUCCUCCCCCUGUGCACCUCAAAAUUUGUUCUAAGGGUUUUCCCAAUCUUCUGGACCAGAUUUGGGGAGGGCACACACAGUGGGGGGGGGGGAGUCGCAUUGCACAAGUAGCAAUCCUUGCGCUGACAGGAUGUAGUAGUUGAAUACCACCCAUGGUUCUAAACACUUUCCCAGAGUUUGAUUUCUACAGCUUUCAAAUUACAGUCAUACCUUGGAAGUCGAACAGAAUCUGUUCCCGAAGUCUGUUCAACUUCUAAAACAUUUGUAAACCAAAGUGUGGCUUCUAAUUGGCUGCAGGAAGCUCCUGCAGCCAAUCGGAAGCUGCAGAAGCCCUGUUGGACAUUUGCCUUCCAAAAAUAGUUUGCAAAUCGGAACAGUCACUUCCGGGUUUGCGGUGUUCAGGAGUCAAAACGUUCAAGAACUAAGCUGUUCGAAAACAGAGUUAUGACUGUAAAAGCAUUUGAUUUAUUUCAUAACCUAACAUGUUAGCUGCAAUAUAAUUUCCUGAUAGACGGACAAAUGAGUCUAAUGUUGUAUACCUAUUUCAAUGACAUGAAUACUAUCUCUGUGGUGUAUUCUGUAGUGUUGAUGGACAACAAGCUGUGUGCCAUUACAUGAGUUUGAAAGUACAUUCUUUCUCUUUCAAAGGUUCGUGAUUUAUUUGUUCUGGCUCGUAAAAAUGCCCCUUGCAUUCUCUUCAUUGACGAAAUAGAUGCAGUGGGAAGGAAGAGAGGACGGGGUAACUUUGGAGGGCAAAGUGAACAAGAAAACACAUUGAAUCAGCUGCUAGUAGAAAUGGAUGGUAACUAUUUGGUUUCUUAAACUUUGAUCAUUCCUACUGCCACUUACAUAUAGAGUAACACUUCAUUCUUAAACAAAUUACCUGGAAACAGCUCCUACUGAUAUGAAACAAGCUGCCUGGGGACACAACCAAACGUUGUUAAUAAAACCUAUGUCUAAAAUCAACUGGCUGUUAAAAAGCAAUAGGGAAUGUAGGCAGGUGUUGGUUAGAGCCGGCUUCACCAGCCUGGUGCCCUCCACAAAAUACAUAAAAAGGUAAAGGGACCCCUGACCGUUAGGUCCAGUCGCGGACGACUCUGGGGUUGCGGCGCUCAUCUCACUUUACUGGCCGAGGGAGCUGGCAUACAGCUUCCAGGUCAUGUGGCCAGCAUGGCUAAGCUGCUUCUGGCGAACCAGAGCAGCGCACAGAAACGCCGUUUACCUUCCCGCCGGAGCAGUACCUAUUUAUCUACUUGCACUUUGACAUGCUUUCGAACUGCUAGGUUGGCAGGAGCUGGAACCGAGCAAUGGGAGCUCACCCCAUCGUGGGGAAUCAAACUGCCAACCUUCUGACCUACAAGCCCUAGGCUCUGGUUUAGACCACAGCGCCACCAAGUAAUAAAACAAAAACAAACCAAUAACCCUCUCAAGGGUUGGAUGGCUUUAUUAGUAAUAACAUAUUUGAAGAUGAAAAUGUUGUAAUUUUUGUUAGUAAGAAAAAGUAGAAUAAUAUCUAGUAGUCACAAGCUGAUUAUGCCUAUUGAAAUAAAUGGAUUUAACUUUUUGAUCAAUUUCAGUGGCCUAUUCACAGUAUGACUGAUAUUGGAUAUAACCUAGACUUUAUAAUCUUUUUUAGGAAAAGUGGGUUGUUUUCAUGAUACUGAAUGAACAUAGCAGAAAGCAUCUUUCUGUUCUUUUUGUUUUGUAACCUUAUUGCUAAUUGUAUGGGAUUGUACAUUAAGGUUUGUAUCCAACUCUGCCAGUGUCCAAGUGAAACAGACUUCUGUUUGCACAAUGGGACCUCUCCCCACUACAGCCCCCUUGGCUCACUCAAAUCUGCUCAAGAUGGUUGGGGGACAUAACCCAUAAUCUCUGUGGGUGAUAUCAUGACUAACUUAAGCCCAUUGAUUUCACUGGUUCUACUCUGAGUAUAGCUUAGUUGGAUACUGCUCUUUGACUUGUUUCCCAUUUCAUAAGCUAUUGCCUGCCAUAUAAGGCCACCCGGAAACCAAUGUCCCCACUGUGGAAGGACGUGUGGAUCCAGAAUUGGCCUCCACAGUCACUUACGGACUCAUUGUUAAAACUGUAUUUAUGGAAGACAAUCUUACUCGACUGCGAGUGAUCGCCAGAGAAGAAGAAGUUGUAGGCAGUAGUAGCAGUGGUUCAGAAUUUUGAAAGUAUCUUGUCCUGUGAAUUGUAAGCACUCAUAUUACAUAGUAUGCAAUAGUUCUGCAUCUUUUCCUCAUUCUUUAACAUGGUGUAGUUCUCUUCAAUUGAUGCUUUUGAAUUAUGGUGCUGGAGGAGACUCUUGAGAGUCCCAUGGACUGCAAGAAGAUCAAACGUAUCCAUUCUUCAGCAAAUCAGCCCCGAGUGCUCACUGGAAGGACAGAUCGUGAAGCUGAGGCUCCAAUACUUUGGCCACCUCAUGAGAAGAGAAGACUCCCUGGAAAAGACCCUGAUGUUGGGAAAGAUGGCACAAGGAGAAGAGGACAACAGAGGACGAGAUGGUUGGACAGUGUUCUCAAAGCUACAAACAUGAGUCUGACCAAACUGCGGGAGGCAGUGGAAGACAGGAGUGCCUGGCGUGCUCUGGUCCAUGGGGUCACGAAGAGUCGGACACGACUAAACAACAACAGUUCUCUUCACCUGCUCAGUCAUUAAGUCCUUGACGGAAAGCAGAAUCGCCAAUACUCUGGUCACUUCAGAAUUUACAAAAUAGCAUGCUUAAGAUUCACAAUAGUCUUUUGGAAAAACCAUUUUCGCUACUGAAUAUUUAAUAUUUUGGUUUUUAUUUUCUUCACAGGUUUUAAUACCACAACAAACGUAGUUAUUUUGGCAGGCACCAACAGGCCAGAUAUCCUGGACCCUGCACUUAUGAGGCCAGGACGUUUUGAUAGACAGAUCUUCAUUGGUAAGUUAUCUUGGUAGACAACUUUGACCUCAUAAAGAUGUCAACUCAAAACUAUGAGAACAGAGAGGAGAUGUUAGCUAAAGCUGGUUAGUGGGACUAUUAGAAAGCAGAAAUGUUUGCAAUUGUAAAGUUAAUUGCUUUUUCUUUAAACUCUUCAAGGGCCGCCAGAUAUAAAGGGAAGAGCAUCUAUUUUCAAAGUUCAUCUUAGGCCCCUGAAGUUGGAUAGUAGCUUGAACAGAGAUAAUUUAGCACGAAAACUUGCAUCACUUACUCCUGGAUUUUCAGGUAGGUGAUCUUUUACUCCUGUGUAAUUGGUACAUUUCUAGAAGUAUUAUUUUCUCAUUUUUAUGAGGAAAUUGUGAUGGCAGAUUGGAGGUAGAAUGAGGUUAGCUCUAUAUCUACUGCAGAAUUUGCAUGAUUCGUAAUAGAUCGGCAAGGGUUUCUGAUUCCCCAUUAUUUAAUAAUAGCAACAACAAGACUACUCUCCCCCACCCUAAAGUGCAGCUUUGCGGGAACUUUAGUUAUUGUGCUUGAUUGCAUAUCUGGUUAUCCUCAUUGUGUUAAGUGAUGGAUGUUGUGUUUGGAAACGGCUCUGUUUAUUGUCUCCUCACUCUUUUCCUUUAGGUGCAGACAUAGCUAAUGUAUGCAAUGAAGCUGCCUUAAUUGCUGCACGACAUCUUUCAGAUGCCAUAAACCAAAAACACUUUGAGCAAGCAAUUGAACGAGUGAUAGGAGGUGAGAGGGUAUCCCUUUGUGAUUACGCUUCUUGCAGUGUUGUGGGUCAGUUCUUUUGUUCAUCUCGUAAUUUAAUUGCUGGAUACAAACAAUAAUCUUUCUUGAUUAUGGUGGGGAGGGGAGAAUAAUUUUAUGGACCUAGUGCUCCAUUAUAUCGAACAAUAAAUAUUUCUCCCUUAUUUGCAAUAGUCUGUUGAGUGUGAGGCCUAACUAUCUCAAGUUGAGGAGGGGAUGUAGGAAACCCCAAAGCUGUUGGCUCUAGGGGGCUGUCUUAUCACCAAUUUGGAAAUACGCACCUCAGUAGUAAAGUUUUGGGUUUUUUAAAUCAAAGGUUUGGAAAAGAAGACACAAGUAUUGCAACCAGAGGAGAAAAAGACAGUAGCGUAUCAUGAAGCUGGCCACGCAGUUGCUGGGUGGUUUUUGGAACAUGCUGAUCCACUUUUGAAGGUAUGUUGACUUAGCAAGACGCUUGCUGUACAACGAUCACAUUUGGAUAAUCAGAAGUUGGCUUAGUAAGUUUAGAUAUGAACGAGCCUUUUGCCUUCACACACAGACCCUUCAUUCUUUGCUUUGCAGCAUGAGAAAUCGAGUCUCUUAACCUCAGUUUCCCAUUUCAUCCAAACCAGGAAGCUAUGGUAACUAGCUUUGGAAUAAGUCAGGAUAUUAAACACUUGGUUAAAUGCUGGAUUUAUAUUAGCCAGGCUUAUUCUGAAGCUGGUAACCACAGCUUUCUUAGUUUGGACAAAAUGGAAAAUUAUGGUUAAUUACAAGCUUCUAGGUAUUAGAAGAAGUAAAAAAAAAAAAGUGCUUGCACUGUAACUGGGAUACGCGUGCAAGCAAAAAGCUUAUUAACCUGAGGUAUAAUUGUCUCAAUUGUGUCAAUUUCUUCAACUGGUAAAUGUUAAAAUAUUAUCAUUUUCAGAUUAGAAAAAAAUGUGGGUUGGUAGCUUUAAGUGGAUAUUUUAGCCACUGCUUAAAGAAGAUAUGGUGGAAUGUGUUCUGAAUCAUGAACCAGGACCCACACGGGAUCUGAGCCACAGUAAUCUUCCUUAGAAACUGGUAGGAAAAUGUAUUCAAGAAGAAAGAGGACAUGACACAACUACAGUCAAGGAUCUCACAAAGGCUUGCACAUGGCUGCAUUCCAGCUCAGUUCUUAAGAGCAAAGUAGAUGCAGAAUUUUGUGUCUUUCUCAGGCCUGCAGCUGCAUUACCAGGAGUCAACCUUAGAUAAAGGGAAUCUCAAUUCUGCUUAGAGAUCAGGGUGCAUUCUAGCAUUUCAGCUUCCUUCCAGCAACUACGCUAAUCAUAAUUAGCAUAGCAAUCAGAAAGGAGGAACAAAGUAUAUUCUAUCUCACUUUCUCUCUGAGCAGCUGCUGAGGAAGCAGUAGGAAGUGUGGCAGCUUCACUCACUUCAUUGCCAGUUGUUGCCACUGCUUUGAACUAUGGGAAACUGUUCUGUCCUUCCUACUUAUCUGUCUGGAAAAAGUAAAAUUAAUAUUAUUUAUUGAAUUUCCUAGCAGAGGAGUUCUGCUAGCUUCAUACCCUCCCCAACCACCUCUGUGAUACUUGCACAUUGAUGAUAAUUCUAUGCCAUCAACCUUGGCUUGAUUCAUGGAGCAUUUUGGGAUCUGCUGUGACAGGAAUAGUUUAGACAAACCCUUUUCCCCAGGUCAGUCAGGUUUGUGGCUGCCAUUAGCUGUUUGCAUGUGUUCCAGCUGGAAUAAGCUGGAUUGUUUAAGUAUUUUUUUUCUUCCCUUGCACAAGGUAUCUAUCAUUCCUCGUGGCAAAGGACUGGGCUAUGCUCAGUACUUACCGAAAGAGCAGUAUCUUUACACCAAAGAGCAGCUGCUUGACAGGAUGUGCAUGACUCUGGGUGGGCGUGUGUCAGAACAAAUCUUCUUUGGAAGAAUUACAACAGGGGCCCAAGAUGAUCUAAGGAAAGUUACUCAGAGUGCAUAUGCUCAGGUUUGUAGGCCUCUCAACAACUCUAUAUUUUUUGAUUUAAAAAUUACUGUAAAAUAUGAUUGUUUGUACUUUUUUGGUAUUGUUUUGAUAUGCUUUAUACACCACUCAUGCCACAAAGAUACUUCUGAUAUCUGGUAUAUAUUAAUGAUUUGUUAUGGAGGCUUGCUCCCCACCCCCUAAAGUCUAGCACUGUUUCUUCUGGGGGGGGGAGGGGAUAUAAUUUGUAUGCCAGUGGUACAUGUUGAUAUUUAUAUUUUUGUAGUAUACAGUACUUUACAGUUUGUAGUGCAUUUUGAUGCCUGGAUGCUACUAUUGGUUGUCUAAUAUUUUAUGAAUACUUCAAGAGCCAGAUUAUUGUUGCAAUAGAUUUCUAACAGUUUUGUAAUUAGUAAUGACCAUACUCAAACACUAACAUUAACCUUUCCCAGUAAGCAUUCAUGGUUUAUUACAGGAAUAAAUACGAUUGCCAAGAGCUGGUUUUUACUUCAGGGUUAAAAUCCUGACAGUAAUGUAGAGCAGGGUUGGAGAAUAUGGGACCCUCCAGGUGUUUGACUCCAUUUCAACCACAGCCAACAUAGCCAGUGGUCAAGGUUGAUGAGAGCUGGAAUCCAAGAACAUCUGGAGGGCCACAGAUUCCUCAUCUCUGGUGCAGGGUUUGUUUAGUUGCAACUGCUAAUACUAAAGUAUUGUAGCUAGAAUAAAGACUCUUAAUAUUUUUCAUAGCAUUCUUGACUAAGGCACUUAAAAAUGUGUGCCAUUCAAUCCUCAGAUUGUUCAGUUUGGAAUGAAUGAAAAAGUUGGGCAAAUUUCAUUUGAGCUUCCUCGGCAAGGAGACAUGGUAUUAGAAAAACCAUAUAGUGAGGCAACUGCAAGACUGAUAGAUGAAGAGGUGCGAGUGCUUAUUAAUUCAGCUUACGAACGGACAUUGUCUCUCCUAACUGAGAAGAAGGCAGAGGUGGAAAAGGUGCGUAUUCAUUUGCCUACAGAAACGGUUACCAGGUUCUUUGAUCAAUAUGCUACUAAAACAUUGCUGUUUUAUACACAGUAUAUGUGUUAGUGGGGUAGCAGCACUCUACAAGUUAUAUUAUGCCCUUAUUUGCCCUUUAUCAGAUUUACACAAGAAUAGCAGCUCUGCCUAUUACUUGCUUAAGCAAUAAUGAGGUAUUGGCUCAGGACCACAAUACCUCAAGGGCCUGCUCUCCAUAUGAACCUACCUGGACCCUGAGAUCAUCCACUGAGGCCCUUCUUUGUGUGCCUCCUUCACGAGAGGUCCAGAGGGUGGCAACACAAGAGCGGGCCUUUUCUGCAGUGGCUUCCCAUUUGCGGCAUGCUCUCCCCAGGAGGUUUGGCUGGCACCAUCGUUAUACACCUUUAAGCGCCAGGCGAAAAUGUUCGUCUUUAACCAUCCGAUGCCCUUUUAAAUGUAUUGUGGGAGGGGGGGUUAUUGGUUUGUUUUUGCUCUCAUUUUAUUAUGUAUUCUGUAUUUUUUGUAUUGUGGGUAUAGGGACCUGCAAGUACAGGGUGGUAUACAAAUUUAAUAAAUAAUAAUAAUUUCCUUGUUCAUGACAUGAGGAUGUAUAUGUGGCCCUUUCCCUAACACCAAAAUGAAUGGGGCAACUCUGCCUCAGAGAAAGCAAAAUGUGUGCAUUCCUUAGGAAGUUUGGAACCAGGAUGCGUUGAUAUAAUCACAUCCUGUAGGUAUGUCAUGGAAAUACCUUGCAGUAGUGAGCUUCUUAAUGGUUAGUUUUUAGAGUAUGUUUGACUAGACUCUAGCAUUAGAAACAAUGUAGAGGAGGUUAUAGUAGCUAUUGGUAAUAUGCUGCUGUUGAUUCUGUUAUACACAGUGAAAGGUUAAAUCCUUGGUUGUUAUUUUGCAUACUGUGGAAGAAAGCCAGUUUACAUUCUUUACCUUCUAUAUAAAUUGUGUGAUAUGUGUGCAUAUUGUUUCAGGUUGCUUUACAACUCCUAGAAAAGGAGGUUUUGGAUAAAAGUGAUAUGAUUGAAAUGCUUGGCCCCAGACCAUUUGCUGAAAAAUCUACUUACGAAGAGUUUGUUGAAGGCACAGGCAGCUUAGAUGAAGAUACGUCACUUCCAGAAGGCCUUAAAGACUGGAACAAAGAUCGUGAGAAGGAGAAGGAGGAGACGACAGAUGAGCAGAUUGCCAGACAGAUUACAGGAGACAUGCCUUUUUAGUGUUGAAAUAUGGUGUUGUAUAAACUGGCACAGUGCAUGUGUUGCACACUGAAAGAAAAUGAGGGAACAUGUCAGAGUCUAGUCUUCAAGAAUCCUCGAUUGGAAAGAAGCAAGCCUGCAGCAGUGGUGGAGCCAGGAAAGGGUUUGUUGUUGUAUUUGACAGAGGAGGAUUCAGAUUCUAGUAGGUCCUGCUUCCUAAAUAUCUGCACACAAAAAGUGGAGACCUUGCAGCUUAUGGAUCUGGACUGAGUCCCCUUCUUGCAACUUUUUAGAUCCAUAUCCAAGUUGUGCAACUCUUGCCCAUCACCAGAUACAUUUAAGACGACCUAGAUUAAUGUACUGUCAUGGAUAAUGGGGGAAAAUCAUCUGCCUGUCUUUUAAGUAGCCUCCAUCAAAUGCAAGUUGUUAGCACACAAUAAAUGCAUUGCUGGUGCUUACGAGGAGUCAAAGUAAUUUAUGACAAUACUUCUUCUGUUCUGCAGAAACAUCUACUUAUCACCCAACUCUAUAAAUUUAUUUCUGCCUUGCCAUUUGUAAAACAAAGCUGUGCUGGUGUCCAUCGUGAAAUUUGAAGCCUGCUAAAGAGGUUUUCCAAUAGAAUUUGGGGUCCGAGGCUGGAAUAAUGUGUAAAGUCUAAAUUAUAUUAUUGCUGUUUUAAUAAAGGUUUCUUUUUUUACUGGCAGUUGUACAGUAUUGAACAUAUGAUUGUAUUGUAUUUUGUAAAUACAGUUUGGAAACAUUAAAGAAAAUUGGCACACUGAACUUCAUGAAGAAAUUCUCCAGUCAUGAGAGGCUAUGAAUAAAAGCGUUCUGUGGU